CUUCUCUCCUUCUUUCUCCUUCGGUGCGCCAAAGAGGCUCUGGAUGUCGCAUUCCUGCAGUUCUGCAUCUCAGCAAAGCAGCGCGGGCUCUCAACGAACGAUCUUCCAUACAUCUCUACUUCUCAUCCUUUUGGCGACAAUGAGGCUGCUGCAGUCAGCUCAGGCAUUCCAAAGGCACCUGCCAUCGCACCCGCUGCUGCGCAAACCGUCCAACCGCUCACCACUUUCUGUCCGUCGCGCAAUGGAGAUGUCGUUGAGUGACCAGCGGAGAUCUGCCUCCGCCUGGCUGGCGGACGGAACCGCGCCGCGCAUUCGUGUGCUGGACAGCUUCACAACAGGUGAAGAGCCUCACUCAGACAUUCAUCGGUAGAUCCGUGAAUGUGUGUAUUUGUGUGUGCAGAUGCGGGCACUCUGUCGUGGGGUCCUGUGGAGGCGUUGGGUGAUGUGAAGAUAUGGCCGCGGACGGCGCCCGAGGAGGUGGAGGAGAGGAUACGCGACGCACACGUCAUCCUCACCAACAAGGUGCCCAUGGACGAGGCUACUAUGAACCUGGCGCCCUCUCUCUCAUACGUCGGCAAACUCGCCACAGGUAUUCAGCACACCACCACAGGCACUACAGACAGCAGACAGAUAGCCACAUACACACACCGCUCUGCCGCAUCUCUCUGUUGUCUGUCCUACCUUCUGCCAUCGUCCACCAGGUUACAACGAUGUCGACCUGAACGCAGCCAAAGACCGGGGCAUUGCAGUGAGCCAUCCACUCCAUCCAUCCAUCCAUCCAUCCAUCCAUCGGCCAAAGGUGCGCUUCUCAUCUCAUUGGUUGCUCGGCUGGUUGUGUGUCAGGUGACGAACGUGCCAGCGUAUUCGACCAUGUCAGUGGUGCAGCUGGUGUUCGCCUUCAUGCUGCAGCACUGCGUCGAUGUGACCUCCCACGCAGAGUCGGUCAGGCGGGGCGAGUGGGCCUCGAGCGCCGACUUCUGCUACACACUGCGGCCCGUCCCAGAGAUCAACAAGAAGACCCUCGUGAUCGUCGGCACUGGCUCCAUCGGCUCCGCUGUCAAGACCGUCGCUGAGGCCUUCAACAUGCGGGUCGUUUCAGCACAGGUACGUUCACAUCCACAGACACACACACAUACACACACACAGGGUUGAUGGAUGCCGGCCAUGUCCUGUAGGUGCCCGGCCGGCCGGCGUCUGCUGACCGAGUGAGUCUGGACGAGGCGUUGCCGCAGGCCGACUUCAUCACGCUGCACUGCCCCCUGACGGCCGCCACCAACAUGCUCGUCAGCGAUGACUUCCUCAGCAGAUGCAAACAGGGCGCCGUGCUCAUCAACACGGGACGCGGCGCACUCCUUGACGAAGCCGCAGCUGUGAAAGCGCUCGACUCGGGUGCGUGCCUUCAUUCAUCAACACACACAAUCACACACAGGCCAAGAGCGCGCGUGUUGAUGUCAGGUCGGUUGGGCGGUGUGUAUGUGGAUGUGCUGGCCAAGGAGCCGCCGAGAGAUGGCGCGUCGGCCGAGCUCAUCAAGCACCCCAAGGCCACGGUGACACCCCACAUAGGGUGGAUGUCUGUCGAGGCGCGCACACAGCUGAUCACCGAGGUGGCGCAGAACGUCCAGGCCUUCAUCAAGGGCGACAAGAGGAAUCGCAUUGUAUAGGCUGACUGAGUGGCUUGUUUGCUUGUUUCUGCUGAAUCGUGCGUCUGUCGAUCGCUUCGACGAGCGCUUGUUUGUGGACGUAGUGUGGUUGAAACCAAGGACGGCCUUUGGAGUAGGCGGCUCCAUCGGGUUCGACUGCGUAAGCCAUCACCGACGAGUGUGAUGGUUUUCGCUAUCAAACUCGCGUGUGUCGGUUACUCUAAGGCCGUCUGGUGUUGGUGAAACGGCAUGUGAGAGAUUUUUUGGUGAAAUGGCGAUUGUGACUUCUUUUGAUCUAUAGAAUGGCCAUUCACGGAUGCGACAGAGUCAUGC